CUGUGUGCACCACUUUUAAAGUUCCGACUUGAAACUAUUUUGGGAGAUUUCCGAGUCCAAAUGAUUUAAUGUCAUUUUUUAAAACAUGUCUUACAAGGAGUGGGCCGAGUCGCAGCUGGCCGAGGUAGAGCUGCUAACCAGCAUGUUUCCCGGUGAGGACGAGCUGGACCUCACCGACCAGCUGGCUCUGGCGGACCUCAGGAGCUACGUGGAAAACUCGGCUUCUGGAGACAAGCCUUCUCCCUCCAGACCCCAGUUUUUAAUUAAACAGAGGCUCCACUCUUCCGUUAUGAAUGGGACUGAAUUUAUUCUGUCCUGUGCCUACCCGUCUGAAUACCCCAGUGUGUUGCCGGAUAUAACAGUAAGGUGUUCAGCUCUUAGCAGAGCCCAGCAGACAGAAAUCCAGACAGACCUCAAUAAAUACCUGAUUGAAAACUGCCAGGGAGAAUUAUGUGUGCUUGCUGCUGUGGACUGGGUGAAAGAAAACCUUGAGCAUUUCAUCAAGAUGAGCUUAUCAACAGCACAGGCUCCUAAACCUGAGUCUGCUUCUCAACCCUCACAAGAAGCGUUUAGCCGACUGUGGAUCUACAGUCACCACAUCUACAACAAGUCAAAGAGGAAGAACAUCUUGGAGUGGUCAAAGGAGUUGGGCCUUUCGGGGUUCAGCAUGCCUGGAAAGCCUGGCAUUGUGUGUGUUGAAGGCCCUAAGUCAGCCUGUGAGGAGUUUUGGUCCAGAGUGAAGGUUCUGACUUGGAAGAAGAUCAUGAUUCGACACAGAGAGGAUAUUACCCUUAAUCACCACGGCGAGGACAGCACGCCUGUUGAGAGUAUAGACUCCUUACGCAAAUUUACAGGCUUUGAAGAGGCGAUGUUUGACCCUCAUGGGAAUAGAGGCAAUCACAUGGACCUUGGACAGCUCUACCAGUUCUUAAAUGAGAAAGGAUGCUGUGAUGUCUUUCAGAUGUAUUUUGGUAUCGAAGGCAGGUAGAAAUCAAUGCCAUAGAUCAGGUCUCAGUUAAAGUUAAAUUCAAUUAUUUUUAAUUUGUUUAUCAAAGAAGCCUCAAUGGUGAAAAUACAGAAAAAAUCUUGUUUAGAGAUUGUGUAUUCAUUUUGGUUAUAUUUAAUUCCAACUAAAAAGGAUUUAUAAUGAUUUAAAUCCCUUAAAGUUCAUUUUUUUUGUGUUUCAGAAUAAUAUAAUUUUGCUUCAAAUCAAAUUUUGCCUUUGGUGUUUUCUUCCUUAAAAAGCCUGGUGGCUGUUUUGAAGUUUUUAAUAACAUGUUUGUAAAACCUGCGCAAAAAAUAAAACUUCAUAUACAUAGGA